GGCCCAAAUUAAGCGCCAAACUCUCCUUGUUCGAUUUUGCCUCUUUAAUUUUGUUGCAGACCUUCAAACAGAAUUUCUCAAGAUUAAUCUGUUUUCUGUAAUUUCUGCUGCAGUGCCGUCACCAUUCUGCCUCCUUUUGAAUCUCUAAAGGAUUGAAUAAUGAAUAAAGCUGGAAAAAUGGCAAAGAUGACAAAUCUUGCAGAAGAAUGGUUUGAUGCUGUUGAAAGGUUGACCCUUGCUGAUGGCAACGUUGAUGAUGAUUCUUCGCCGCCGAAAAAGAAGGCUCGUCUUUCACAAGAGCCAUCAUCUAGCAGUGAAAGAUCAGCUUUGAAAGAACAAAUUUUCGCAGUCUUGAAGGACGAGAUUAACCAGUUUUAUGAAAUCUUCUGUGCUAAUGUCCUGAAGACAGAAGAAGAAAGAUGCCUCAUUUUGGAAACCUCUCAAACUCUUGUGCAGAAAUUGGAGAGAGACAGACGUGAGGCUCGCCAGCAGUACCUGACUCAGAUGCAAUCUCUUAUCAAGCAGGUGAAUUUUGUGGCUGAAGUUGAAAAGCAGUUCUCCACGAUUGACUCCAGUCUUGCUGAAGCUCAAAUUCAGGACCAAUUUCAGGUCUUCCUCAAAGGGCUUUCAAAUGCAAUUGAAGCAUGUCGCCGUUGCAAGAAAGAAAAGACUGAUUACAUUCAGACAAUGACUGAGAAGAUUAAAUUCUUGGAAAAGAUCAUUGAAGAGGAGGAAACUGAGCAAGACAUAAUUUCCAAAAGCUAAGUGAUGAAAGCUGUUCUUCCUAAAAUUAUAAAUCUGGUGUAAUUCUUAUUUAUCCACAAUGCCAAAUAUUGCAGGAAUUCUUAAAACUUAAGUUCUUUAAAAUUUUACGUUUUUAAAGGUAUCGGCUCUAAAGAGAAGACACAUUAGAAAAUUUGAUUUGGUUUUGAUCUGAGAUCAUAAAACUCUUAAUCUUUUCUUUGCCUGGCUUUGGAGGAAGCUCAUAAUGUAAAAUGCAUAUUUACCUAUUUACUUUGAACUCACUAAUUUUGUUUCUAUGUAUGGUCUGUGAAUUAUUAAAUAAACUCGGAAGAUUGAAAAAAAGUCUAUUUAAUGACUUCCUUAGAAAUUAAAAUAUGAAUAGUUGGUAUCUCACGCACCACGACUAAUGCGUCCAGCCCUUCUAACUUAGGAUCCCACUGUUCUUCAACUCUGAAAAAUUAAUAUUGCAAGAUAUAAACUAUUUUAAUUUUUUAUACAUUAUUAAAUUUUUUAUCUUACUUUUCAUAGCAAAUUUUAUUUUGCUGGUGCAGUUGCAAAGCACAGCGCUUCCUCAUGAUCUCGGCACAAGCGACAGCCUUUUCUGCCGAAGGACCAGAUCCGCUCCAAAUGAUGCAUUUUUCCGAACCGUCAUUGAAUGCUUUCAGAGCAAAUUGAAGGAUGGUACCUAUUUUUGUUCGUGGGCUCAGUUUCAUCCACAAAAAUUGCUCUGGGAGAUUUUCUAUUGGAAUUUUGUUACGGGCUAAAACUUCCUCUCGAUUUACUCCUUUUGAGUAGUGCUUCAUCAUUUUGAUGCCUAUGCAAAUAUAUUAAAUGUUAUUAUUAGCUUUUUUGGUUAAGAGAUCAUUAAAUCU